CCCGGCGGCGCGGAGAGGGCGGCCGAGGCGGCGACCGAAGGCAGCUGCGGGGACGGCCACGGCCGCGGAGGAGGCGGGGGCCGGGGAAGAGGCGGCGCUCAUGGGCACCGAGGAGGCGGGGGCCGGGGCAAGCGUGAACCUCGAGGUCGCGGGGCGGCGCCGCCGCCCGCCGCCCACCAGCACCGACGGGUAGGGAAGGAUGAUGAGAUUGAAUCACGAGAGGAAGAAAAGGAAGAACUGAAAAGCUAUUCAAGAAGAAAGAUUUUUUCCAACUGGAGCCGUUACGAGGAUACAGAAAAAGAGGGACAGAGUGAACAUGGGGAAUCACAGAGAGGAACAGACUUCAGUGUUUUGCUUAGCUCAGCAGGAGAUUCCUUCACACAGUUCCGAUUUGCUGAUGAGAAGGAGUGGGAUAGAGAAAGCAUCUGCCAGAAACAGUUAUCUGCACUUUCAGUUGACUGCCAGUCUUUGGUCCAGGCCCUUCAGGAAUUGCCUCUACAUCUGAGGUUGAAUGUAGCUGCUGAACUUGUCCAGGCAUCAACACCUGUAGAGCUCCCACAGAUGAAACCUAAAAUGAUUGACGAUGGCAAGAGGAGAGAGCUGCUCUUCAGAGGGUCGCCGGCUCAAAGUGAGACGCUGUUGGGCUCCCGUCCCGUUGGUGAUUCUGUGGCUCCGUCACAGCCUGGAAGUAAAAAUGUUCCAGCGGAACCAUUUCAGAGAGCGCAGCCACUGUCAAAGCAAGAGACUGACCAUUUGGAUGAAGAACUGGAUCUUCUCCUAAAUCUAGAUGCUCCCGUUCAUACAGAAAACAGACCUGUGUCAGGUGCAUCAUCCUACAGCGUAUCAACUGAGAAAGAGUUGAAAACGGAUUGUAAAGAAAAUGACCCUUUAAAAGUAGCUGUGCCUGAAGUGACGAGUCCAGCACCGCAGCAACAGCAACGUGCAUCUAAAGAUGUUACCGAGGAAGAGCUUGAAGACUGGCUGGACAGUAUGAUUUCCUGAAGCUCAAAUUUUCUUCUGUGAAUAACCGAAUACAGCAAACAUUAAGUAGAAAGUUGAAUCUUCCCUUCUCUCUUUAUUUCCUUUAUCUGUUCCACUUUGUUCAGUAUGCCAAAUGCCCCGUUUUCUUUGCUGGCACCUAAAAUUCUGUGCAACCAAAAUUCAUUUAGCUGUGACUGAAAAUUGUAAGACUAGUGUUCUUGGAAAGGUCUAAAAUUUGUGAUGAAAUUUGGAUUCUCUUUGCUCAAGAUGCAGGCUACAGCACACCAAGCAAACAGUUAUUUCAGCUUGUACUCCCUCGCUGUAGUCCUUAAAAUAAAGCUAUGAAAGAACAAUGAA